AUAAUUUAAACAUUUAAAACGAUUUGAAUUUUAGAACCAUGAAGUGGGCUCUGCUGAUGCUCGUUGGCCUGUUGGCCUUUGCUCAUAUUAAAGCUGAAGAAGAAGACAUCAGUGAUUUAGAUGAUUUGGAUCUGUUCGAUUUGGAUGAAAGUGAUGAAGAACUCUUGAGACAAUUGGAGGAAAAGAAUCUUAAUAGAGAUAUUGAACGUGAAAAUGAAAUUGCUACUAAAUUUGUGGCUGAAACUAAUCAAUUGACCAAUCCCGUUAUUGAAAUUGAUCCCUGCGAGAAAAUGCACUGUGGUGCUGGUCGUGUUUGCCAACUCGAAGGCGUUGAGGCUAAAUGUGUUUGUAUUCCCGAAUGUCCAGAGGAAUCUGAUGUUCGUCGUCGCGUUUGCACCAAUAAAAAUGAAACUUGGUCUUCUGAUUGUUCCGUAUAUCAACAACGUUGUUUGUGCGACACCAAAGCUCCUGGUUGCCUUAAUCCCGACAAUAGCCAUUUGCACAUUGACUACUACGGUGAGUGUCAUGCCCAAAAGGAUUGUACCGAAGAGGAAAUGAAAGAUUUCCCCCGCCGUAUGCGUGACUGGCUUUUCAACGUUAUGCGUGAUUUGGCCGAACGUGAUGAACUUACCGAACAUUACAUGCAAAUGGAAUUGGAAGCUGAAACCAAUAUGACCCGUCGUUGGGCCAAUGCUGCCGUUUGGAAAUGGUGUGAUUUGGAUGGUGACACUGAUCGUUCCGUCUCACGUCACGAACUUUUCCCUAUUCGUGCUCCUUUGGUUAGUUUGGAACAUUGUAUUGCUCCCUUCUUGGAAUCGUGUGACUCGAAUAAUGACCAUCGUAUCACAUUGAUUGAAUGGGGCGCUUGUCUAGGCUUAGAUGCUUCUGACCUUAAUGAACGCUGUGAUGAUAUACAAAAAACUGUGCCUCAUUUGUUGGGUUAAUUUCGUCAUCGCAACGGAAGUUGUUCAAUCACAAUUUAUGAAACACAUCUCUUUGUUGUUUUUUUUGUACUACUACUAUAUAUACAAUUUCCGUAUGUAAUUUUUAAUGCCAAAAAUAUUUUGUAAUAUUUUUUUUUAAUAAAAUAGAAUUGUAA